UAGAUAGGAGCAACAGUUUCCAAUUGCGGAGACUGCAAAACGCAAAACGCAUUCGGAAACGGAAAGUGAAUCGCAAAAAGAAGACAGGACGACGCUAACAGCCCGCUAAUCCCAAGGAUAACAUACACACACACAUAUAUACAGAAAAAGAGUGUGAGAAAAACAAAGAGUAGAACAUGAAGUUGAAUAUGCUCUGCAUGCUGGCCCUGACGAUCCUGGCCAACACGCAUCAUGUCCUUAGCUUUCUGACGGGCCAGGCGACGUCUGCUAAUGGAGUUGGAGCAGCUACGAUUGGAGCACAACAACAGCAACAGCAGCGUGCCAACAUCUUUGAUGGAGCAGCAGUUGGAGCUGAAGCUGAUGCCGACGAAGGCAGCAGACAAGAGCUCAACUUGGAAACGCAGCAGCAGCAGCGCAAUGUUUACGAUCCAGGAGAUGAGCUGCUGCAUGCGCUAAAUAUGGAGUUGGAGCCGGAGCGGGAACGAGAACGAGAACGAGAGCGGGAACGGGAACGUGAAACGGAACGCCAGCCAGACUAUGCCACAGCCGUCGAGUUGGCCAGCAAAUUUGACAUGCUUAAGAAGAUGGAGCAGGACUUACGCGCUGAACAGGAACUAGUCGACAAAUCCGCUUUACUUAUGAAAAUGUUGGAGGAUCCGUCAUUGGAUACGCUGCCAUUGGUCUAUGUGGAGGAGGAGGAGCCGACAGCCACUGCAGCUGAAGACUACCCGGAGCUGGAUAAUGGCAUACAGAGCCUGAUUAUCGGUCAGAAUAAGCCAAAACGUUCCCGUUAUUAUCGUCGCUAUCCCUGGAAGCGACACAAUCGCAAUCGCGGUUCUUACAUGAAUUCUAUCAACAGCAACUAUGAACCGGAACUGCGUUACGCCUGUACACCUAGCAAGGAGGAUAUAUUCAAGCUCCUGGUCAACUUGCAUGAGAAUCGUAAGGGCAAUCACAGCAAGACCGUGAAUUUUUGCAAUCGCAAGCGACCCGCUAAGGCGGUAUUUACCAACAUACGAUUCCUGGGCUAGAUCUGACACUGAACGGGACAGAAAAUGACACAAGUACACACAUACACAUACACACACACACACAUACACACACACACAUACACCCACACACACACUCACAGACAUAUGUAUACCAAGCAUCAAUUUGUAUAUUGCUGACAAAGUCAAGCGCGAAAACUGGAGAAAAACAAGCACUAACAAUUAGUUAACUAAACAAACUAACUAAACUAAACUAAACUAACCAGCUAUUAGGUAAUUAUCUAUGCAAAGAACCUUUUCGCACUCUAAGCUAGCCAAUUAGCCAACACUGCAUAGCCAAACUAGUGUUA